UGGUCGGGGUUGUCGUCUUCGAUGGGAUAAUUUGUGUAAAGGUCGUCAUUGAAAUUUUUUUAAUUGAAAAUUUUUAUUACGGUUGAUUUACAGUGUUCUGUCAAUUUAUUCCUUGAAUUAUUAAAAAUUACUGAGGUAGUCUAGGGGUUAAGAAUCCAGCAUUGUCACUCCUGUGGCUGGGGUCACUGCUGUGGUGUGGGUUUGAUCCCCAGGCCAUGAACUUCCGCAGGCUUCAGGUGCAGCCAAAAAUAUAUUAUGCAUACUAAAAAAUGUACUCCUGCCCAAUGAUAAAUAUGGUAGGAAACAUUAUGUUGAGUCAUCGGUUGAGCAGUGCAUCAUUGAGAUUCGUUUGUGAAAAAUAAUUCUACGGACAGAUGUUGGUGAUAGUCAAGGAUCUUGGUCUUGGAUUUUGUGAGUUAGGUGUUCAUUUUAUUAUUAUCCAUGAAUUAGUGAUUUUCUUGACAUAAAUGUAGAAAUGAACGAAGAACAAGAGACCCAAGGCUGGACCAGUGAAGACACGUUGGUGGCAGAUAAGUCAUGGGUGGUGAAUGAUAUGUGUCUGGAGGCUCAGGUCCAACCUCAAACAGAACCAAUUGAAUCCCACUGGUGGACAUGAUCCCGUUGGCAGAUACGAGGAGAAUACAGAGCUCCUGUUUCACCCUGGGUUCACUGAUUACUUUUAUCAUUGUUGAUGGGUCAGUGAUAGAGCCUUGAAAGAAGUAUAAAUAAAUAAGGGACGAUGCAUUUUCUAGCUGUGAGUACAUGUGGUGCGGCAGGAAUUAUUAUUAAUAUAAGUUGAAAACACUGAUGGCUCUUUAGGAAUAAAUGGAGCGGGGGUGUCACCGCUUUGGCUAAGGAUCAUCUAGUCUUUGGUGAUUAGAGUCAAUUGCAUUUUCUAGGUCAGUCCCAAAUUUGAGGCUAUUGCUUUUGUGGAGAGAAAAGAAACCUAAAGUGUGAAAAAUUAAUAAUUACCAGAUUGAAUAAAUAAAAUGUGGAGGAAAAAGCAAUUUACACAAUAUCCUCAUUUUAAAGAAAUUUGUCUUCUCUACCUUGUUUUUCUCAGACUGGACUCAGCGAGAUGACUGGAAAAUUCUCUCAUGGUCACGUUCUCCGUAUAGAGACCAGAGUGGGUAAUAAAGUUCAUGUCUUCACUGGAUAGAUUUUUGAAAAUGGGGUAUUUGUUGGCCAACCACGGCCAGGGAUAAAUAAUGGAUUAUUACUAGGGAUUAUAUUUACCCAUCCAUUUACGGUCAAUUAAGAAUAAUUAGUGGAAGAGAGACAUCGAUAUGAUCUAUGAUUCUGUGGACAGAUGUAGAAUGUUCACAGUUCUUAUUCUUUGUUUUUGUUGUGUGCGUGUAUGCAUCAUAGGGUUUUAAAAAUGAAUGGCGGUGAGCCGGGCAUUAAGUAAUGAGAUACUGUCCUGGAGGAGGAAGGGACCAGAGGCUGAAGCGUGGAUCAAUGAUGACGGUUGGUGGAGUACGAGUCUUGAACGAUGACUACUUCAUGUCUGGAAGUCUGAGGUCCAGCACCACAAAAAGAGCUUCUGUUGCCUCUGUUUGAAGCGCUCCUGUAGACUGAUUUUAGGAAUCGAAAGGGGCUGUUUGCUUCGAUUAUUUUUCUAGAUUGUGAUUCUCUUCCCAUAAAUAGAGCCAUUUAAGAGUCAAUGAACAAAGAUAAACAUGUGAGGAUGAAGAGCAUGGUGCAUGCGCCAUCGUCAGGUCUAGAGUGAGGCAAGAAGAGCGAUUAGGAUGCUUUGAGGAUGCUGAAUUCCAUUAAGAGGCGUAGGUGGUUCAAGUCUCUCACCUCUGUGGCCAAUAGUAAUAGAGACGUUCUUAUUCUGGGCCAGUAGCAAGUAUGCCACCAUUAUUCAUGUUUUAAAGAGAAAAUUAGGAUUAUCCCCAAUUAAUGCGUCGUUCCGUGACGGACUGCAUGGAAGGUGGAGUGCACAUGGCCAUGGAGAUAAUGUUUCCAUCUUGUUCUGGUUGCCUUGCUUUGUUCUUCUCAGAACACUGAACUCACCCAAGCCACCACGUUCAGGACGUCAAGGCAGCAUCUCUGUCCAGAACCAUCAAGUCCAAUGGUGGAUGCUCUCAAGCGGGUGCAGACAUUGCCCGUGGCUUCUCCUGUGUGUGAAGAGCUAGCGAGGAAGGUGAGUAAAGGUUAACGUUCUCAUCGUUAAGAAGUUCUUUGAAAGGGUGUUCCCUGCAUUAUUAAAAGUGUGAAGUAUAGUCCAGAACCCCCAUCAGAGGCUCAGAUGUGGACCAGUGAUGACGGUUGGUGGAGUACGAGUCAUGGACGAUGACUACUUUGUGUCUGAAACUCUGAGGUCCAAUAAAAAAUGAAAUAGAGUCUGUUGCCUCUGUUUGAAGACAUCCUGUGGACAGAUGUUAGAAUCCUUUGUCGAAGGGUCACCUCAUUAUAUUAUUUAUACUUAUGCUUAUAAAUGUGUUUACAUUAGGAAAAUGGACAUGUUCAUGACAGAGUAAACAAAAUGAUAAAAAUAAGGACCCAUUUAGAGAAAGUCUCAACUGUUUGGCCACCUGCUGUGCUCUGUACCCCUCAGAUUGGAUGCCCGCUAGUGGAUUUAAGCAUCUUCCGUGGUCCCGUGCUCUGCAGACCCAUGUGAGAAACACUGUAAACAAAUUCAUGUCUUUGAGGGCUUUUUUUUUAACUCUCAGAUAUUCCACUGUGCGGUUAAAAAUGAAAUAGAGUUACUGCUGGUAGUUAAGGAAUGAAUCGAUGCACGUAUGCAGAUAAGCAUGAAGACCAAGAGGCCCAUACGUGGACCAAGGAUGAUGACUGAUGGCGCAUGCGUCAUGGAUGAUAAAUACCACGUGUCUGAAACGCUGAGGUCCGAUAAAAAGAACUGUAAUCUGUCACCUCUACUUGAUAUGCUAUUAUAGAUGAGUGUUAGGAAAAUAAAAGAUCGAUUUUCUUGGAUUGUGUUUACGAAUUUUGAGUGUACUGUUAAAAAAAAAAUGGCCCAAAUAAACAAUGAGCGGAUAGGUAAGUUAAGAGGAAGAGAUUGAAGCGUAUUUAUCCUCUUCAUAUACGUGGUACAGGCGAUAAAAAAAAACCGUUCAAAAAAAAAAAAAGAAAAUGUGAAAUUCACUAGGAAAUGGAAACGGUUCACAGGUCUGACUUCUUUGUCCGAGACUGAUACAGACCGGAAGUGACACAAGUCUCCUUCUUGGUCUGCGUAAAGCUUCCUGUGGUUUUGUUCAUUAAGAAUAAAUUCAUAAGCGUUCCCUCAUGGUUCAUCAGGUUAAGAAUCCAGCCUUGUCACUGCUGUGGCUCUGGUUGCCACUGUGACAUGGGUUCCAUCCCCAGCCCGGGAACGUCCGUAGGCCAUGGGAGCGAACAACAACAAAAAAGAAUAAAUUGAUACACAUGAUCCCUUGUAUUCCUAAGUGACUGACUCUAUGAAAGUUGAAGUGCGCAUUACCAGGAAAGGGCCUCUCAUUAUUAUUAUCAUCUGCUCUGCUUUGUAUUUCUCAGAACUGAUGCACCUGAACCGAUUAAGCAUUUGGCCAUCACAGGAGCUGCACUGGUGGUCCUGUGUGCAAAAUGGAUCCUCUAAGCUGAUUUCGACUUCUGUGAUUAAGGUUGUCACGUUGCCUCCGUGUUGGGAAAGAGACAAAGGUUUUCUGGAAGGAUUCCUUCAUUGAUAACGAUGUAAGCUGUUUUCAUGGGAAGGGAAGAACAAGUUGGUGCUAGUGAAUGAACUGAAGUGGUGUUAUCCUUCUGCCCUGGCUCUGAACUCUGUGUCAGGAGCCAAGAGACCAAUAGUGGACCUGCCUGAAGGGGUUUAGCGCCUUCCAUGAUGACAAGCUCUUUGGCGGCAUCUACACAGCAUAAGCGGGAGACCUGGUGUGCAGCCGCCGGACCCGAAGGCAGGCUCCUUCCUGGAUGAGCAGGCGAGGAUGGCAGCGUUGUCUCUGGAUCCAGAAGGCCAGUGGUGGAAGCCGAAGGCCAGGCCAGGCUCCAUGGGGCCGAGACCCCUCCUCUGGCGGUGGUGGCAGGAGAGAUCCCAAGGAGUGGAGCCAUUCCCUGGGGAAGCCCCUGAAAGUGCAACAGUGGGUGUGACAGAGGAGCAGCAAUGUAAGUAAGCAUCAGGAACGUGGCCUUGGUCGCAGAGGUUGGCUGCAGUGUGGACACGAGGAGGAUGGAUGCAGAAGACAUAGCUUAGGUUUUGUGAAUAGCGAAGAGGAGUUUACUUCAAGGAGCACCUUCUAGAAUUGAUCCACAAAGAAGACAGACACAGGGGAGGAUAGAGGAAAGGUAUCGGGUCGAUGAUGACUGCUGGUGCGUGUAUGAGUCUUGUAUGAUGAAUACACAUCAGGAACUCUGAGAUCCAAUGCUGAUGCCGCUGAGUCCAAAGUCCUCCGGAAACUGAGCCAGGAGAACAUGGCUGCUCAGGCGGGACGGAGGGCCCCACUCCAUGGGGAAGGAGGGGUGAGCAGUUCAGGAGGUGGCCGGGUCUUGAGCUCAUCCACACACGUCUGGCUUGGCUUCCUCUCAAGGAGGCCAUGGUGGGCCUGAGAGGCAUGGAGCCCGGAGUGGGUGUCUGGUUGGAGCCCCAUGAGGCAGUGGUGGGGACUGGUAGAGGAUGAGGCCAGGCCAGUGAGGAACGCCCUGUCUGGACCCCUGAGGUCGCAGAGCCUCCAGAGUCCACUGUGGGCUGGGCUGGGCUCCUUUGGGAGUGGGCUGGGAGUGGACCCAGUCCCGAUCUCGUUUGCUCAGGGGCUGGAGACCUUCAGGGGCCAGGGACCUCCGUCGUCAAUGUUUGGGUCCCGGCCGGGAUGGACUUGGGUGAUGGAGAAGCCUGAUCCAGUGACUCUUCAGUGGGAAGACCGGGGCGCAGGGAAGAAGGUGUCACGAGACCGGCCUGGUGGAUGCAGGUUAUCUGAUGGAUGGCUCAAGGGGGCCCGGACUCUGUCCUGGCAGGGAUCUGUGUCCUUGUGAAGAAACGGUGGUCCCGUUUAAGGGACUGAGUGCAGCCCAGCCCCAGCCUGACCUUCAACCCCCAAGCCCUGAGGUUCUGCCUCCUUGGGCUCGUAGCAGAAUCACCUGGACCCCGGGGAAGGAGCAGAACCGGCUGACGCUUGAGUCCGCUGAGUGCAGAAAGGGCGAGUCAGUGGCGGUCCUCCUCGCUUUCCCUGUCUCUCUGUCACUGUCCCUGACUCUCUGUCUCGGUGGCUCUGCCUCGGUCUGUCCCUCUUGUCUCUCGCCUGGCUCUCUCUGUCGCCGUACGGGUCUCUUUCCUUUCUGGCAGCUUCGCGUCUGUGUGGUGGGGUGCACACCAGACCCCGGCGAGCCGAUUGGGCCCGUUUCCCUGGUGAGACCCCUAGACGAUUCCUUCAGUGGGGGAGAUGGCCAAGGAAGCAGUGUGGCAGGCAGCCGCCAGGCCCGAAGGCCGGCUCCUUCCUGGAUGAGCAGGCGAGGAUGGCAGCGUUGUCUUUGGAGCCAGGGGACCAGUGUGAGCAGCAUCCCAGGGCUUGUCGGGGCUGGGCUGGGCAGGGCAGUGCGAGGGGCUGGUGGAGGGUGGGCGGCAGAUGCGGGCGAGGCCAGCAGUCCAGAAGGGCUCUGGCGUCCCAGGGACGGGACAGCUCUGGCUAGGAAGGUCUCUUGGACGUCCUGCACAGGGGCCCAGCUGGUCCUCCGCGGCCCAGAGAGACCGAAAGCCAGGGGACGGGUCCUAGAGGCCCCCCGAGGGAUGGCGAGGCCUCGUUGGGUGGGGCGGGCCCCUUGGGUUGCCCAGUGGCCGUGCGGGGAGGAAUGCCUGACUCCACGGGCCAUGGCGAAGGAAGAGAAGGUCCCCCUUUUCUGGAUCGAUGAUGAUCUAUGCCAGCGUAUGAGGCAUCGAUGAUGAAUAAUGUGUGUCUGGAACUCUGAGGUCCACUCGCAAGGAAACGGGGCCUUUCUCUUCCUGCCUUUCCAUCCUCGAGCCCAACGGGGCAGCGCCGACCGCCCGAGGAGCCCAGUCGAUGGCGUCUCACUGUGGGUGUCACCUUGUCUCUUGGGUCC